UAAAAGACUAUCUAGACAAUAAUAUAGUCCCAUCCAGAAACCUUCCCAAGGAUAAAAGAAUAUCUAGACAAUAAUAUAGUACCAUCCAGAAACCUUCCCAAGGAUAAAAGAAUAUCUAGACAAUAAUAUAGUACCAUCCAGAAACCUUCCCAAGGAUAAAAGAAUAUCUAGACAAUAAUAUAGUACCAUCCAGAAACCUUACCAGGGAUAAAAGAAUAUCUAGACAAUAAUAUAGUACCAUCCAGAAACCUUACCAGGGAUAAAAGAAUAUCUAGACAAUAAUAUAGUACCAUCCAGAAAUCAUAACGAGAAUAAAAGACUAUCUAGACAAUAAUAUAGUACCAUCCAGAAAACAUAACAACGAUAAAAGGCUAUCUAGAUAAUAAUACAGUACCUGAUCUAGAAACCAGAGCAAGGAUAAAAGACUAUCUAUAUAGUAAUACAGUGCUAUCUACCAGAAACCAAAUUCAGGAAAAAAUAGAAAAUAUUUAGAAUCUCUCCAAAAUUAAAAAACUAUGUGUCACAGUAAAACAGAAUCCUUGCAUUUUUAUAAAUAUCUAUGUCAGAAGAUUGGAUCGGUGGAAGUAGUAAGAGCUAGACGACUGUUAUAUAUAUAUAGAGACUUGAAAUCUGGCAGAUUAUGGCCUCCUUUUACUCAAAUAACCAGUGGAAGUAAGGGAGAAGGACUACAUCUAAAAGGUAGUGAUCUUGAUGUGAUGUAUGUUAAUUAUGCCUUUGUAGUAUAUGAAUCUGAAAAAGAUGCUGUUCAGGAUUGUUCUUGGAUUCCCCCAAUUGUGUUAGUCAUGGAUAAUGAGGACACACAGCCAUGUUUUACACAUCUACAAGUGUAUACUGAUUAUGAAAAUAUACCAUAUUUUAUUAAACAAAUGCUACAACAACACAGAGGAGAGAACCUACUUUCAAGUCAGCUUUUCAUGUUAAACAAUUUAGGACUAUCAAAAGGUCUUACUGAUCCACGGAUAAACAAAAUUCAUGGUCCAUGCUUAUCAGACAGUAAUGAUAAUAUUGAUAAUGCAUACUGUUUAAAAUGUGAUCAGUGGGUAUCUUUAGCACAACCAUGGAUCUCUAGAUCACGUUUAAUAUGGCCUACCCCUGAGCUUAUUUCUAAAAUUACUUCAUGCGGUGUUUUAUUUGUACCAAUCGGCUACAAGGGAUCUAUAAAUGAGAAUCUUCAGUGGCGAAUAUCAUUUUCUGUAGCAGAAAAAGUACUGAUAUUUUCCUUUAAUCAUACCCAGUUACUAUGCUAUGCUUUGCUAAAAAUUUCAUUGAAAGAAAUAGUAAAUAGAAAUGAAGAUUUAAAAGGUUUAUUGUGCUCAUACUUUUUGAAGACUCUAAUGUUUUGGAUUUUAGAGGAAACCGAAACAUCAGUCUGGAGACCAUACAAUAUUAUACCCUGUUUUAUGGCCUGUUUACAAAAGUUAUUAUACUGUAUAGAAUAUUCCACAUUGUUACAUUAUUUCAUUCCUGAUAACAACUUGUUCUAUCUAAGAUUUAACAGUAAACAAAGAAACACAUUAAUCAACACCCUUAAGAAUUCAUAUCAAAUAGGAAUUCAUAUUUUUUUAUCAUCUGAGACUUUGCAGGAUUACAGGUUUCCAUGUGAAAUUACAAAAUCAGUUUGUGACAAUACCACAUUGAUGAAAACAAUAUUAGAGUAUGAUUUUAUUCCAUUUGAGGCAGUUUUUAUAAACAUCCCAAGUAUGCACAAAACUUUGCUGUAUCAUUGUAAAACAGAAUUAUCUAAAUGUUUAUUAGCACUGUCAAUUGCAAAUACUUAUCAAAGAAUACCUCUUGCACUACCACAUAAAAAUAACCCAAACAAUAAACAACAAUACAAAAACUACAAACAUGAUCUCAGUCAGUUGUUAGUUGGUUUACAAUCAGAUGCAGUGUCAGGGUGGCUGAAAUUGGCCUCUUUCUUCUAUGUACAUAAGAAUUAUUCAACAUCAAUAGACAUAAUAAAUUACACUUUGUCCAAAUGUACAGAUGAUUCAGCAGUUCCAAAUAUAACAUUGAAACAGAGACAGAAAAUGAAGCUUAUAUCACUGUUGAAGACAUUACCAAAUCCAUGUGUCACAUUUGAAAAACAAUCAUCAGUCAUCCCUAUGGAACUAAAGUUUGAUGUCAGGAAAUAUCCUAUUUUCUUAAAAUCCACACAAUGUGCACAUUUCCUUCGUUUUCUGUGUUGUUACCAUCUCCAGGACUUGAAAUCAUGUUGGUAUAGUAAAAAUCAGCUAUUUAAAACAACUCAUGAAUACGCUUUAAAAGGAGAACUAGAUGUUAUUGGACUGGUUUCACUUGGAGUAGUUCUUCAGAUGUUAGGUUACAGGUAUAGAGCAAGAAUUCUUUUUUAUUUCGCUACACAGCUAGAUGAGACUUACCGAACAAGUGCUGCAUACAGACUGCAACAACUCAGCUGAUGCCUGACUCAAGAAGAAAACACAGUAAUUGUUAACACUAGUUGCCACAUAGAAUUGAGUAGAGCCACAAUUUCAAUUUGGAUUUUUUAAAGGAAAUAAUUAAAGAUCACAUUGACAUUGUCAUACAAGCUUUUUUAUAUUAUGCUUUAUAAUAAAAUUCAUUGGACAAAUAACUUCACUAGAAUAAAAGUUAUCAUAUGGAAACUCUGAAAUGACACAAAAGCCAUUGCUGUUCACAAGAGACUCCUAGUACAUGUAGUUAAAACCUCUAACCUGGUAUUCCUAAUAAUGAAGCCAUGAAUUGUUCAAGUCAAAUUAAUCUUCAACUGAUAAAAUACUUAUCAGGACAAGCUAGUUUACAGUAAUUUUCUAUGUGGUAUUUGAAUUUACCCAUUUAAUACUGCUGAGAAAUAAACUUGCAGUGAAGUGAGAGUUUUUUAUUUAUUCAUUUUUUUUUUGCUCCGUGUUGAAGGCCUCACUGUGACUUUGAGAUGAAGAACACCAAUAAAAGUGCUGUUCUUUGCUUUUUGUGUGUUUUUUGUUGUGCAUGUACUGAUUUUGAGUCACUGAUUGAUACCCCAUAUCCUUUGUUUUUCUAUUGUAGCAUACAUGUAUAUGUUUUUGCAUCCACUGCAGAACACCUAAAUGCAGCAGAUAUUCCAUUGGAUACAUAUUCCAUUGGAUAAAUAGUGAUAAUAAAUGUAUGGAUUAUUUAGUGAAUUUACCAUUAAUAGACAUUUGGUUAGAUCUCCUUAGUUUCAAGUAUAUAUUUUAAUGCAACUGCAUUGUUUCAAUUUAUUGAUUUAAGUUUGCUUAAAUUUGUAAUUAAAAACAAAAAAUGUAACAAAAUAGUUUACAAUUUUUAACUUUUAAUUGAUAGGAUGAUUUGUUUUCCUUUUUAAUUUUGUUUCUUUAUAUAUAUGCAAAUUUGCUAGAUAUUUAGUUGGUAGUUUCCGACAAGUGGAAACAUUAAAUUGUGUAACUAUUAAAGACAAUUUAGGACAUAAAAUGAGACAGCUACAAUUGUUACUGUAAUAUGCCUGUAAUAACAUUUUUCACAAUUUUUUGUUGUUUUACAUCAAAUUUUGUUAUAAUUGAAAUAAGCAUAUACAUUGUUAUAUACUUUUAUAGAGUCAAUAAAUCAUUGCACUUCA